AUGGCACCAAGGACGCGCCAGGCGCGUCGCUCGCAGGCGGAUAAUGUGAUCCAGUCAGAUGAGAUGGCCGAUACUGGAGGUCCUGGUCUACGAACGCCCAGCAAAGUUCUUCUGGAGACGCAAGACAGUUCUACAUUUCCCAAACGUAGGGGAAGACCUCCAGGUUCCAAGAAUCGUCCGAAGAUCGUUGCAAUCGCACCCCGAAAAGGAAGGCCUCGUUCGAGACGUCUCGGCCGACCACCAGGUUCCAAGAAUCGACCAAAGACUAUCAUAACCGCAGCCUCAAAAGGAAGAUCUCGCUCGAGAUGUCUGAGUAGGCCACCAGGUUCAGUGUUGGGGAAUUUUGAGCCACAUGAUAUUCCCGUCGAGCAGAUCGUACGAGCGUUGAACAGGCUCAGCAAGACACCUAGUACAGACGAACGAGUAGCCAGGGCUUCAAGAAGAGUCUUUCGUUAUACAAAACAAUGGCCUUGGCAAUGGGCUGCUCGCUUUCUACCCAGGAAGAAGUGGACUGUUCCUUUGGUGGAAGAGCUGGCACAGCUUCUCAGAGGUAUCUACAAGAAGUCAGUCAAAACCGGCACCGGCCACGGUACUCUCGAAAACACCCGCCGUUUUCUUUACAACCAUGCUCGCGACCGCGAUCAAAGAAAUCCACAAAUGACUUUGGGUGACUUGCAUGAAGCCUUUCGCUACUUCAAAGUGAAAACUAAAAGGAAAAUACCUCGUACACAGCAGACCUCGCAGACAACCCCAACACGACGUGUUACUGACUUGGUGGAUUCCGAUACUGAAACUGAGCCUGAUGAGAUUCCUACAGAAGAGAAUGAUACCAAUGAAGGCUUGAUAGUUACUCAGGACGAGAUUGGUGGCUUUGACGGUGGCGAUCGGCAGAGCGAUCAUUGCCCUGUUCUACACACAAAAGGUUCUGUCAGGCUCAGGAAGCGCACGUUAUCGCGUGUCGAGGAUUUCAAUAUCGAAAAGCGCCCCCGAGUCGCCGGCAUAGAAACAGACCAGGUCACACAAUCCCCGAUAAGCAUUUCUCCAAGUCCAACCGCAAGAGCAGAUUGCCGUAUGUCCGCUACAACAGCCACAACUUUCGCCGGAAUUAUCAAAGCCAUUGUUCCUCUGUUGGGUGAAACGCAGACCAAAAAAGAAAGCCUCAGUAGUGAACUAUCGGAGUUACGACAAUCAAUUCGAUGUAAGGAAGACGCAAUCACUAGAGCUGCGACCGCGACAAUCCAGGCUGAAGCUGUUGAUAAAAUGCAAGAAAGUCUUUUGACACAAGAGAGACAAAGAGAGAAGAUUGUAAAGAACAAGAUGACAUUCGAAAAAAGCAUAUCAUCUCUUGGUAUGAGCGAGGAACUAAUUUCUCAAAACAUUCAGUAUUAUAACAACAAACUUCAGGAAUGGGAUGAAACAGUUUCUCAUACCAAGGUCGAAAUCCAACGUGCAGAAGAAGAAGCAUCGAGAUUGAGCAGAGAAGAAAUACACUGUCUGGAGGCUCAAUUGAAAGAAGAAAGAUGUAGCGCAUGGCAGUUGGAAGGAAAUAUCAAGGAAACUGAUGAGCGUCUUGGUAGUUGUCGCCUUCUCAACUCUCUUGCAGAGCUUGGGUCACCAGGGAUCUCAAAUCUUCUUACUACUUUGGAAAACUAUGGUUUGUCUCUUUUUGAGAUGAUCACUGAGAUAAGGGGGGGAAGCGAUGGAUUGUCUUGA